AUGCUCACAGAAUCUGGUGGGUUGGUUCAUAGAAUUAUGAUAUACUCAGGACAAGGGCAAGACACGUCGAACGACUUUACUCAUACAGAAUAUGUUGUUGUAAAAUUAAUGGAAGGCCUUACUGAUUGUGGCAGAUCAUUGUACAUGGACAACUAUUACAAUAAUGUGAAACUAGCCCAUACACUUCUAGUCAAAGGAAUAUAUUGUACAGGAACUUUGCGUGCGAAUAGAAAAGGGAACCCUAAAGAAAUAACUUCAAAAAAAUUAAAAGUAGGAGAAAGUGUUGGAAAGUAUACUAAGGAAGGCGUGUGUGUAAUGAAAUGGCGAGAUAGACGAGAAGUUUUAGCAAUAAGCUCUGAGCACACAAAUGAUUUGGUUGAAGUAACCAAUAGAAGAGGUGAACAAAAAUUGAAACCGAUGGCAAUCACUAUGUAUAAUAAAUAUAUGUCAGGAAUUGAUAGACAAGACCAGAUGUUAUCAUACUAUCCAUGCGAGAGGAAAACAAUAAGGUGGUACAAAAAGAUCGGAAUUCAUUUUUUUCAAUUAUUGUGGCUAAAUUCUUACUACAUAUACGUAGAAAACGUAAAAAAGUGCACUCUGUAUGAUUUUAGACUUUCUGUAAUUACAGAAUGA